AUGGCGCAGCCGAACGAAGACCCCGGGAUCCCUUUAAUUCUGGACGAACACAGUGAACUCGCAGAAACUCUACACUACCAAGGUCAGGAAGAAGAGGGCCUAUUGGCCAGGGGAGAUUUUCCGGCCGCACUUCUGUCAAUGUCGAAUUACGAGAAGUCCGCACCUCAUCUGUACGAAUACAACGCGCCUCGCGCACUUCAGGAGCAUGUUUAUGCCUCUACUCAGCCUCCCUUUCCUUCUCAGUAUGCUGGUCCGCAGGCCGGACUACCACAUGGUAGCAACCCAGGACCGUUAUCGCUCGUGACUACAUCACAAUAUCAUGCCCCAGCUGCUUAUGGCGAGCCCUCCCAGUCACUGCUUGACCUAUCUGCACGGCCGCUCCCCGAGGUGACCUCUUACAGUCCAUCCAAGGGCUCAGCAGGAGCGAAAAUUUACGUGUAUAUUCGAACAGUCUAUGAUAUCACGUCUGAAUCGCAUUUGUCUUUGUCACUGAUGUUUGGUUCCAAGCAAUGUGCAGCUAUGGUAACGCCGAUGGAUCAGGCUGAUCCUCGCAGUCAGUACGGAUUCUACACAUUGACCGCUACAGUUCCGCCGCUUUCCUCCACUGGUUGGCUUGAACCGCUGGUUGGUGUCUCCUUGAGGGUCGAGGACGGUUCCAGCCAAGACGUAGGCGUUGUGGAAGUCGGAAAUUUUACAUAUACUGACGGAACUUAUCAAGCCGCGUACAACUCGCCUCAAGAGAGUUCGCGGAAGAGAAAAGGCUCUGUUGGUUCAGUGGACGCUGCGCGAACACCGGCCAAGCGAUCCUCCGGUCAGCAGCUGCGCAACAAAGUCGGCGACGAUUUCGGUAGCUAUUCUUAUAUGCAACCAACUGGAUCGCCGUAUUCGCCAUAUCUUCAACCUCCUGUCGCUAGUACCGCCUACUCCUACUCUACCGGCUACGACAGGUCGCUGGGGCCCUCAAACUAUCAACCACAAAUAUCUCCGCGACAAUACCAGUAUCAGUAUGCUUCUGGACCAAAUGUAAACCCGACGACCAAAGUAGCUGCACCAAACUCCCCCGCCUGGAGUCCCUACUCGGCUUACAGCGCGUUGAGCCGAAGUCCAAGGCAAAUACCCGACUCAAACGCAAGUCGGUUGCAGCGGAUCUCGUCUCCUUCAAGCAUGGCCAACCCACCUCUGAUUCGGACCUCAACCAUUCAACAUUCUCCUAGCCCUGCGACUACGCCAGCUGGUGUAAGCCAAGGGAGUCAAGCAUUCAACCCUUAUGCGAUUUAUCCUCACAAGGCCGUUUUGAAGAUUGAAGGCGAUCUUGAUGCCAUGGCCGAGGGAUGGAGUCGCACCGAAUGGGAUGCGAAGAGGCGACUAGUUCAAUUUACACGCAAACAAACUGGCUCAACCAUUCAGACGUCGUUUCAGCCUGUAACGCUUGAAGAUCGAACGCCUAACAGCAUCUGCAUAAGCUGCAUUUGGUGGGAGGAGAAGCAGGAAUGCUUUGUUACCAGUGUCGAUACCAUCUAUUUGCUAGAGUCCUUGGUUGCUGUUCGCUUUACUGUGGAGGAGAAGAACAGGAUUCGCAGAAACUUGGAAGGGUUCCGGCCACUGACAGUCUCCAAAGCCAAGCCCGACAGCGAAGAAUUUUUCAAAGUCAUUAUGGGAUUUCCAAACCCGAAACCAAGGAAUAUUGAGAAGGAUGUAAAGGUCUUUCCAUGGAAAAUCUUGUCUCAUGCCUUGAAGAAAAUUAUUGGCAAAUAUUCGGCAAGCUAUUCCUCGACCGCUGGCGCUCUUCUGACUCCUGUGAGCUCUACGGGAUAUGCUAGCGGGGUGCCGUCCGAGACAGGUACUGAACACCAUGCGACAGCAUCGCCCCGUUCCACUACUGAGUCGAUCACCUCGUCAGUUUACACUACCGGCAUGACAUCAACUGUACGUUCGCCCAAUUUACGAAUGGCAGCGGUUGGAGGUCUUCGGUCACCUCCAGGACCAUCGGAACUUCGAUUGUCUAUUCCCACAUUAGGGUCAACUCAAGAUCCUCAGCAUCAUCAUCACCAUCAACCACAUCAACCACAACAUCAUUGGCAGCCACAGCAGCCAUCACACGUGCAGCUCACACAUCGGCAACCUACAUCCGGACUACCGAGUGUCGCGGGCAGCGGCAGGGGUUCCUGGGACUUUGCGACAUAUAUUGACAAUAACCAUCCCGUGGCAGCUCCUCCAGAAGCCGACACGACUGCUCAUGCUGUCAGCUUCCAGCAGCCUGGGAACAUUGCCACAGCAGUGGGAGCGUCGUCUUCCGAUCUUGGUGGCGGUGAGAGUUAUCAUCGCGCACCGCGGCCAUGA